CCCUCAUGGCGCCCUCCAGAGUCUCCUUCCGGGUGAUGGAGGCGAGUGGCCCGGAUGUAAUACUGGCGAAGGCAUCUUUCCUUUUCUUCCCCGCCUGGCUCUGGGUUUCUAGCUGGAGGAAGUGUUCUGCCAGUCAUGCCAAAGAGGAAAGUGACUUUUCAAGGAGUAGGAGAUGAGGAUGAUGAAGAUGAACUCAGUGUUCCCAAAAAGAAGUUGGUGGACCCUGUGGCUGGAGCAGGGGGUCCUGGGAGCCGCUUCAAAAGCAAACACUCUUUAGACAGUGAUGAGGAGGAUGACGAUGACGAAGGCUCCAGCAAGUAUGAUAUCCUGGCCUCAGAGGAUGUGGAAGGUCAGGAAGCAGCUACUCUCCCUAGUGAGGGGGGUGUGAGGAUCACACCCUUCAACCUGCAGGAAGAGAUGGAGGAAGGCCACUUUGAUGCUGACGGCAACUACUUCCUGAACCAGGACGCGCAGAUCCGAGACAGCUGGCUGGACAACAUUGACUGGGUGAAGAUCAAGGAGCGGCCACCUGAUAAGCACCAGGUUUCAGACUCAGAGGAGGAAGACGGCGUGGGGCAGACUCCAAUGAGUGCCCAAGCCCUUCUGGAGGGACUUUUAGAGCUGUUGUUGCCAAGAGAGACAGUGGCUGGGGCACUUAGGCGCCUGGGGGCCCGAGGAGGUGGCAAAGGGGACAGUAAGGGGACUGGACGGCCCAAUUCCCCGCAGCGCCUAGACCGGCUCUCUGGGUUGGCUGAUCAAAUGGUGGCUCGCGGCAAUCUUGGUGUGUACCAGGAAACAAGGGAACGGUUGGCCAUGCGACUGAAGGGGUUGGGGUGUCGGACCCAGGGGUCCCAUGACCCCACGCCUCCACCCUCCCUGGACAUGUUUGCUGAGGAAGUGACAGAGGGGGAACUGGAAACUCCAACCCCUACCCAUAAAGAAGACGCAGAGGCCGUGGGAGAUGGUCUGAUGGACGUGAUGUGGGAAUACAAGUGGGAGAACACGGGAGAUGCUGAGCUGUACGGACCGUUCACCAGUGCCCAGAUGCAGACCUGGGUGAGUGAGGGCUACUUCCCGGAUGGUGUUUAUUGCCGGAAGCUGGACCCUCCAGGUGGUCAGUUCUACAAUUCCAAACGCAUUGAUUUUGAUCUCUACACGUGAGCCUGCUAAAGGUCCAGUGUGGCAGCCCCUUUGUUCUUGGACUUGGCAGAGGAAGCGCCAGCUGCCCUGGGCAGUGAGGAUAUUGGAGGCUACUUUCCAGCCAGUUUUUCUUUCCCAAUAAAAGCCUUGAGUGUGUGUGCAUCAGGGCCUGGACUGUGCUGAGAGCCUGGAGCCAGGAGUCAGGGUUUCUCUUGAGCCUCUCCUCAGGUGCUUUUCCCCGUGUCUCGGACCAGCUCAGUUUGUUCUUCACCUUUGGUGGCAGUGGUAGGGCCCGUCUGGCGUCCUGUGACUUGCCAUGUAAAAUUCCCUCAGUCACUCUUCUCCCAUCUCCCCGCAAGUCCUGCUCUGCUGACCUUUGGCUUUUAGGACUUAGAUUCUCUGGCCUGUCAGCCCUCUUGUUACUGGGACAUGUGGAAGAGUUUGAGACCCUAUUGAGAGUGUACAGGAAGCCUCUUAAACAUGGAAGCUCCUCUUCCCUCUCAUCCGGUUUUUCUGUCCCUUGCAGUAGUUCCCAUGGCUCAUAGGUGAAGUGUACACUCAUAGCUUUUCAAAGCUGCUUGGGCCACCAUGCAGUAUAGAGGCACAGAGAGGGGCAGUGACUUCCUGGAGAUCACACAGUAAAUUAGAGAGCUGGCCCAGACUCAGUGAAUUGCUUCCCUGACCUUUCUUGGCAUAAAGCUCUUUCUUCCUUGGCCUUUCGGGUCCUGCAAUUUCUAUUUUCCAGGCUUCCACAUCUUUGGCAUAGGGCUGGUACCCUCCAGGAGUCCUGAGUGCUGCGGGAGGCAGGCACGGUCCUAAUGACCGUGCUUCUCGCCCGCCGGUGCUGUCCUGAGCCCCCCUCACCUGUGCAUCCUGGACAUGAGAGGUAUCCUGAGAGCCGCAGGGCGUAGGAGCUAGGCUGGGAAUGUGGAAAGUAGGGGCUCUGGCUUGGUUGUGGUGCUGGAUGCAUUAGUCCCUGUUCACUGCCCGCCUAGACCACAAUUUCCUGACUUGGAGAAGCCCAUUAGUGGUAAGACAUCUACUUAACGUUAGUUAUAAGGUGUUACUGGUUAAAGGAUGGAUCUCUUUCAGAGAUAUUUAAUAGUGGAAAGUUGAUGCCUAGGGUGAGUGAAAUCCAGUCCGUAGCCUGAGUGAGUGUUUGAGACGACACCAGGUCCUUCCCUGAGGUGUCCUCCAGGUGCCUCAGAUUUGAGCUACCUUUCUGUGUGCCCUUCACUGAUGACAUCGAGGAGGGGCAGAAUAUUAGUCCCCAAGGAUAGCCUCCUCCAGAACCCAGACCCAUAGAGGAAAGGGGCCGUGCAGAUGUGGUGAAGUUAAGAAUUUUUUAAAAUUUUUUGAGAUGAGGUCUCAUUGUGUAUCCUUGGCUGGCCUGGAACUCACAAGAGAUCUGCUUGCCUCCAGUCCUGAGUGUUGGGAUUAAAGGUGUGGGCCACAGUGCUUAGCAAAAUUGAGAAUUUUUGAAACUGGGAGAUUACCUUUGAUUAUUGGUGUGGGACCAUUGUAAUCACUGGGUCCUUAUGCUGGAAACGGAACUGAGAGACUCUCAGCAAGAGAGCAGAGGACUCUGUCUGAAAGAUGGAAGGGUGCAGGUGGCCUGGAGAAAUGAGAAAGACAGAUGGGUUCUUCCAGACAUGCGCAGCACAGCGGUGGUACCCAGGGAAACUAACUGUGGGCUCGUGAACUCUGGGACUGUAAGAUAAUAAAUCUGUGUGAAGCCA